GACAAUCAAAAAAAAAUUUUUUUGAUAUUUUUUUAUAUAAGCCGCUAAAAAUUUUUUAGAGAAACAAUUUAUUCUCUGAAUUAUUUUUUGUUUAAGAGAAUAAAAUGUUAUUGGACAAUUCGAUACUUGAUACAAUUUAUAAUGAUUAUUUGAUACCAUUUGCUUAUCAUGCAAAUGUUACAGUGCAAAAUAAUAAGUUAAUUGCACCUUUUGUUAAAGAGGUUUCAGUUAAUACAAUUUUAUAUUUAUGUGCAAUUGUAACCUUUAGUAUACCACUAUUAUAUAUCUUAAAUUCAAUUCUUUAUGUUAAACGUAAACAAAAUGAACCCCCAAUUGUACCUUAUUGGAUUCCAGUUAUUGGUUCAGCGAUAACUAUGGGAAUGGAUCCAAUCAAAUUCUACAGAAAAUAUCAACAAGAAUAUGGAAAUUAUUUUACAUUUAUAUUACUGGGUAAAAGAAUGGUAACAUGUUUAGGGUCUGAAGGAAAUAAUUUUGUAUUCAAUGCAAAAUUAGCAAAUGCAUCAGCUGAAGCAGCUUAUAAAUCUUUAACCGUACCUGUAUUUGGUAAAGGUGUUGUUUAUGAUGUACAUAAUUCUGUACUCAUGGAACAAAAAAAAUUUGUUAAAGCUGGAUUAUCAAAUGAAAAUUUAAGAGCAUAUGUACCAAUGAUUGAAAUGGAAACUAAAAAUUAUUUUUCAAGAUGGAAUAAACAAUCAGACAUUCAAGACGUUCAUAAAGCAACUGCUGAACUAAUUAUUAUGACAGCAUCUAAGUGCUUAUUGGGAGAAGAAGUCCGUUCAAAAUUAGAUGAGUCAUUUGCUCAAAUAUUUCAUGAUUUGGAUGGAGGGUUUAAACCAGUUAAUUUCUUAUUUGAAGAUUUACCACUUCCUUCGAAUAAAUUAAGAGAUCAAGCACAUGUUAAAAUGCGACAUUUCUUUAUGGAUAUUAUGAAAGAUCGUAGAGAAAAAGGAAUUACAGAUCGUACAGAUAUUAUGCAAUAUUUAACAACACAUUGUCAAUAUAAAGAUGGAAGAAAAUUAUCAGAUGAAGAAUCAGCCCAUAUUAUGAUAGCAAUGCUAAUGGCAGGACAACAUACUUCGUCCACUACAACGGCAUGGGCAUUGCUUUAUUUAGCAUCACAACCUAAUUUAUUUAAUGAAUUACGUAAAGAACAAAUUGAAGUAUUUGGAAGUUUGGAUGAACCAUUAACAUUUGAUGGUAUUAAAAAACUUACACUUCAUGAUAAUGUCGUUAGAGAAUCUCUUAGAUUACGUCCUCCUAUUUUUAAUGUUAUAAGAAAAGUACUUAGAGAUUUACCUAUUCCUGGUACUCAAUAUGUCAUACCAAAGGAUUCUUAUAUUCAAUCUAUACUUGCUAUUUCUCAUCGUUCUGAAGGAUAUUUUGAAAAUGCCGAAACGUUUAAUCCUAACAGAUGGGUUGACUUUGAUCAAAAUGUUAAAGAAAGGGAUGACGAUCUGGUUGAUUAUGGUUUUGGUGUUUUACAUUCUGCUAGUGCAAAAUCUCCUUUUCUUCCAUUUGGUGCAGGACGACAUAGAUGUAUUGGUGAACCAUUUGCUUAUUUACAGAUAAAAACCAUUAUUGCUGUAUUCGUUAGAAUGUUUGAUCUUGAAUUAUAUAAAAAUAAAUUUCCUGAAUGUGAUUUUACUACAAUGAUAGUUCAACCUAAAGAUCCUUUAGUACAAUAUACUAGACGAGAUAAUUAGUAUUAUAUUGUAAAUUAUAUUGAAAUGUAAUUUUACAUACGAUAUAUUAUAUAUUAACUAAAAUUAUUCAACAAAUUGAAUACAAUUUACAAUUAAAAUUAUUUAUAAUAAAAAAUUGUAAUCAAAAGUUACAACUUUUUACACUUGUUAAUUCUUUGUGAUAAGUGGCUAGCUACAAACAAAUUAUAAUAAAGAAAGUUAAUAUAU